AUGUUCAAAGAGGAUGCUGAAGAUGCAGACUUCCUCGCAGAAGAUGGCGAUGACACUUUGGGCGCACCGGAAGACGUCCCGAUUGAAUUCACGAGAUAUGCCUCCAUGAAGCCAAAAGAGCUGUUCGAGUUUGCGGUGGAGUGGAUGGUGCAGAAGAAGAUCAACCCAGCAUUCCAAAAAGACGACCCUCUGUACAAGCUCACAUUUAAGAAGUUGGAUGACGAGGUUCGUGGUCUCGCUGCAUCCAAGUUCACGUCCUCGGCAUGGACGGCAGUCUUCACGACUGCGCUGAAUGCGCGACCCGAGAUGCGCUUCGAUAUGAUUGAUCGAGCUUCAGCUGAGCAUUGGAUGAGGGACAAGUGUGAUGCCUGCAACCGGACGAACCAUCCAGCGACGUAUGAGAUCCAGUUCAUUGGCAAGCCAUACCAUCGAGACACUCUUGAGGAUAUUGACAACGGCGAGGACGACGAGUCUGAUUCUGACUCUGACACAUCUCAAUUCGGGGGAGAAGGCCGUCAGGACUGCGACGGGAACGGCGUCCAGGUCGCUUCGACGGACACUAUCUUCUACGUAGGCAAAUUCUGCUGCGCCAAUGCUCGUACCGCACAUCAGCUUCAGCACUGGAGAUUUCAUCUGAACGCGUACGUGGAGGUGUGGCUAGAGCGUCAAGGGUAUGGUAGAGCGGAGGAGUUGUCCAGGCGUGACAAGUGGAGCACUAGGAAGAAGCGCAAAUACGCCAACAAGAUUCUGGACCGCAUGAAGCUUGAAGGCGAAGUGAAGGUGCUUUGGAACAGAUUCCGCGAGUCUAUCGAGGAAGCCAGGAAUUCAAAGCAAGGCAGAUUCGAGGCCCUCACUCCUUAG